CCGGAAAGCUUUAAAUAAUGGAACUUACCGACGGAAGUUACAUGCAAGCAAAUGCUCGACGUGCCCGCUAGUGCAUGGGGCGCUCUUCCAAAUAGGCUCCAGGACACUUCGAGGAAAAUAGUUGUGUCUCUAGUUCGGGAAGUGUCUGAAAAGGGGAAAAGAAAAAUAAAUGUGUAGACUGAGUGAGAAAGAAGACCGACUAUCUUGAAUAUUUUCGGUGACAAUACAGUAAUCGUUUAUACCUAUCCCAUUACCAAUUACUCAACUGAUGUGAAUAGCACGAAGGAGGACCAUGGUGAUACUACUAAAAUGACAGGAGCCACGAUUCCGUCGUUGAAAAGUUCAGAGUCAUUCUCUCGUCAGUGGAUAUUAAUAGGGGCGCGGAUUCCCAGUUAACCAAGUAAACACGAUUUUAUUAAAAGUGAUAAAAACUCGAGGCUGUGGUUAUUCCAUUGAUGCAGACCACCACGAGGUUUUUUGGACGGAGAGCCUCGUCAGGGGCGACCGAUACCACGAAACAGCAGAUUAGUGUAUUCAAAAUAAGUUUUUGACCAAAACUGCCAAUCAAAGACUGAAUCACCGAUGCGAGGCAUAACCCACUUGGAAACGAACGUGUGUCAUCAAUGGGAAACUGCUGUUCGUGUUUCAAAGUUCCACCUCCGUCGCCAACUGUGGAUCAGUCCUCUGUGCCGGAGAUCAAAGAGGACACUAUGGAAAUGCGAAGGCUAUUUACAUCCCAUCAAUGCACAAUGGGUCCCUUGACGUCCAUAGAUUCACGUGCUAAUGGAAAUAAAAAGUCACCAGCAACGAAUUUAUCAGGAUUAAACAAUGUGGGAUCUGACAAUUGUGGUUCAGUACCAGUUGUACCGAAUAAUUUACGUUCAUCCAGGCCAUUCUUCGCUAGAUUACCACCACUUGGACGAGCAACGACAUGUAGCAGUAGUAGCACUAAUGCGGAUUGUGGUAAACAAAUGAGGGAGCCAUCGGAAGCUAAAUUGAAUGGACUAUUUGAUCAAUACAAGGAUCCUCACGAGGACAUUAUUCUGGAUGAUGGUAUUGAAAGGCUGUGCGAUGACCUUCAGUUAUCACCUGAUGACUUCAAAAUUCUCGUAUUCGCAUGGAAACUCGAAGCCGAACAGAUGUGUCGAUUUACACGUCAUGAAUUUGUUAAUGGACUUAAAUUAUUGAAAGUUGAUAGUAUACGUGAUGUACAGUUACGUUUGCCGGAGGUUGUCCAGGAACUGACGAUCAAUGGUGAUAUGUUCAAGGAUCUUUACAGAUUUACAUUCCGUUUUGGUCUCGAUGCAACAUCGGGACAGAGAAUUUUACCAGUUGAGAUGGCUAUAGUCCUGUGGAGGCUUGUUUUUACGAUACGUGAACCACCAUUGUUGGCGAGAUGGCUGGCAUUUUUGGAGAAUCAUCAUGUCAGGGGGAUUCCAAGGGAUACGUGGAAUAUGUUUUUAAAUUUUGCGGAAAUCAUUGGCAGUGAUCUUGGGGCUUACGACGAUGCGGAGGCCUGGCCAAGUUUAUUCGACGAUUUUGUUGAGUAUGAGAACGACCAGAUGAAUCAGAAUAUUACCAAGGAUGAUAUUAUCAAGGAAUCCUUAACGACUAAGGACUAA